UCCACUGGGGCGAGUUAUGUGAGCUGGAAGACGAAGCUCAAAGGAAAAUUCGACAAUCACGGAGGGGCGUGAGAUUCCGGGGCCACGGGCCGUUGGGGCCGACUCACUCUCCAAAAACCGCAGAGGUGAUCCGUGCACGACACGACCGAGAUGCGUCAAUGCCUGAAUCUUCGACGGGAACGCAGACGACUCCGGAAAGAGCAUCAUUAUGAGCCACUCCGUGCUCUUACUCCUCGCCGUCUUGUCGUCAAGUCUGAGCUGCUGUGACUUCCCUUCGCAAUCUCGAUACUCCGCCAAUGACUGCAUGUAUCAGGCCGCUAGGAGCUUUGAGAAGGUUGGCGAAUUUGGGAGCUUCGACUUCGAGCUGGUGGCGAGAGUGGCAUUCUGGGAAGCCCGGUUGCUGUUUUCACUUCUUAACCUCGUGUUUAUCCCGCAUCAGCUCUCCGUAUAUUUAGUCUCGGCCGGACAGCAACGAGGCCCGCAGACGACCUUGACCACCAGCAUGAGACUCUGUUUCAAGACAAAACCCUAAGGAGACACGACGGCCUCAGCAGAGCGAAGAGUUCACUGUUGAUCCAAAUUCGAACCGGGGCCAUAGGCCUUCGGGCUUUCUUAUUCGAAAGGAGAGUCCCAGAGAUUCUGACGCCUAUAUGCGAGUGUGGAGAGGGGCGAGAGACUGUCGAACACCUUGUGAUGUGGUGCUUGGCCCCACCGUUGACUCGAAGAUGGGAGAGAGCCGAGGUUAGAACGCGAAGGGACAUUUAUUCUGUUCUACAGGGAAUCAGUCCCAAAGCUGCACGGCUAACGGGGAGGAUCCUGGACUGGCUGAUGGACUCGGGGAAACUGCCGAUGUACAGUCUGGCCAGGAGGCUGGAGCUGGAGCUCGCGGUCUGAUAUCCCUUUCCUUCGAAGGCCAAGAGGCCUUCUCACUUUGUAUUUGCAGGAUCGCACACUGAUCGUUUCCUUGAUUGUCGAUAUGGGUUUUUCACCCGGCCCACGAGGGC